AUGCAAGUUUCCAAGUCAAGAAGAUCAUUUUAUCUCCAAGUGUUAGUUCUCGCUGCGCGCAGAACGAAGCUUCGGAAGUUUGGCCGCGCGCGGAGGAGUUCCCGACGUCCAAAAGUUACGAUCUUGAUAUGGAAAGAUAGAUACUUGAGUCAUGCAUCACGUCGAAGUGGAAUGAAGCCAUUUGGAUCAACUAUGAGGCCUAGACUUAUUUUCUACCGAGACAUGUCCGGUAAGCGAGUAAACGAAGCCCAUGGAGGAUUUGGAGUGUCUAAUGGCCCGAGCAGCAGCGCCAAAGGCCUUGAUCGAAAGAGAAGAGGCCUGGCUAAUGUUUGGAGCUUUCCUUGGUACAAUGUCGGCCCAUACACGACGUGGAGAAGAAGGCUCGGCUCAUGGGAAACUUUCCUUUUCCGGCAUGAAGAAAACCCUACGCGACUUCGCCCAUAUAUACAUGUUUUUAGCCGCUGA